AUGUCUCACCGGUCGGCACUUGCUCAGCUGCGAGCACAACGUGCUGCUGGCAAGACCCGCCUCGAUUCGUAUCAGAUUGAAGAUCAAGGUGCCAUCUACGAUGAAGUCGACGAAGACGGCUACAAGAAAGUUGUUCGUAGCCGCCUCGAUAAAGACGACUUUGUGGUGGACGAUCAUGGAGAAGGCUAUGCCGAUGACGGCCGUGAAGAAUGGCAGAACGAGCGCCAGUACUACAGCAGUGACGAUGGGGACGAUGUCCCGCUCAAAGGCAAGGCUGCCAAACGGAAACGCGAAGAAGACCGUGAGAAGGACGAACGCACCAACCACAAAAUCAUGAAUUACUUCAACAACGGCCCAGUCGCUGCUCCUAAGCCAAAGAUACAAACUACAGCCGAAGACGAAGCAUUCAUGGCCGAUCUGCUGGGUGAAGUCGAUGCCAACAUCCUUCCAGCUCGUGUAUCUACCAAAAAGCCUGUCAAAUCGGAUAAUCGACGCAAAGUCAGGGUGCUCUCUCCUCCCCUUACGUCGGAGCGACCUCGACCAAAAUACUACGCACCGGAGCCUGACCUGAUUGAUACGCCUCCUCCUCAGGCAGUCCAUGAGGGCGAGGAUACAAUGGCAAAUUUCGACGACGACGACAACAUCAUGAGCGAUCCUCUUCCAUCUUCCCCUGUGGUCAAGGCCGUCGAGCGCAAGACAAAGGUUCAAAUCAAAGAGGAGGAGGAUGAAGACGACAUGAUGGAUGUUGCUCAAGUAGUUGCGCAUGAAGGCAUUCAGUCUGCAAGCGUCAACAUGACUGGCAGCAGGCCACCACCGAAGAUCAAGUCCUCUCAGCUCCCGACUCCUCAAAGCUCUUCGCCCCCACUGCCUGCGGUCGCUGAUGUGGACGCCUCAUCAUGGAACAAGAUCACCAGUAAGCUCAAUAUUCAGAGCAGCCCGUCUUCAGAGUCAUAUGUGUUCGGCAAAAUGAAGCCCCAGGAUGCGGUAGAACAAGACGGCAGCCUGCGGUUUUUCUGGCUCGACUACACUGAGGUCAAUGGUAGUCUAUGUCUCUUCGGCAAAGUCAGGCACAAGUCCACCGGGCAGUACCUCAGCGCGUUUGUGAAGGUCGACAAUGUUCUUCGCAAGCUGUACUUUCUUCCCAGGAAAUACAGACACUCCAAUGGACGAGAGACCAGUGAAGAGGUGGAAAUGGACGAUGUGUAUGGCGAAGUCGACUCCUUGAUGUCCAAAAUGAAAGUCACAACGAGAAAGGUCAAGCCCUGUACCAGAAAAUAUGCGUUCGAGCUCCCGGAUGUGCCCAAGGAGUCAGAGUAUCUCAAACUGCUAUAUCCAUAUGACAAGAAUCCUUUGCCCAUGGAUUUGCAGGGCGAAACCUUCUCACGAGUCUUUGGCACAAAUACUUCUCUGUUUGAGCAGUUUGUACUAUGGAAGAAUAUCAUGGGCCCUUGCUGGCUGAAUCUCGAGGAUGCAGACUUUACUUCUGUCAACAAUGCAUCAUGGUGCAAACUUGAGUGCUCAGUAAGCCAGCCGAAAAACAUCACUGUGCUGAAAGACUGCGAGAGCGUGGAAAACCCCAGACUCACUUUGAUGUCUCUAUCGUUCCGCACUCAACUGAAUGUCAAGGAAAACAAGCAGGAGAUUUUGAUUGCGAGCGCCAGAGUCUACGAGAAUGUUUCCUUGACCGACACUACUGCGCCAGAAAAGCUACCUUCUAGAACUUUCACCGUCAUGCGACCAUCGGGCUCCGCAUACCCCCUAGGCUUUGAUGCUGAGACGAAGAAGCAGAACGGCACUUUUAUGCUCGAAAAGAGUGAGCAAUUCCUGCUCAGCAAGUUUCUGGCUCUGUUCGAAAAGGUCGAUCCGGACGUUUUGAUCGGUCAUCAAUUGCAAGAAGUCGACUAUAGCAUUCUUCUCAGCCGUCUCAAAGAGAAGAAGACACCUGGUUGGCACCGCAUUGGCCGGUUGAAGCGAAGCGAGUGGCCCAAGACUUUCGGAAAAGGUGGUUCGUUCUUCGCCGAGCGUCAGCUUCUUGCUGGGAGACUGAUGUGUGACCUGGCCAACGACAUGGGCAAGUCCUUGAUGACCAAGUGUCAGCAAUGGAGCCUUACAGAAAUGUGUGAAUUGUAUCUUGGACCAGAAAACCCUCGACGUGACCUUGACAACGAUGAGUGGUUGAACAAAUAUGUCAAGAAUUCCCAGGGGUUACUUGACUAUGUCAAUCACUGUCACGCCGACACCUACUUCAUUGCUGCACUUGCGUUGAAGCUGCAAAUGCUCCCUUUGACCAAAGUUCUGACUGAACUUGCUGGUAACUCUUGGGCUCGCACCUUGAGCGGUACAAGAGCCGAACGGAACGAAUACAUCUUGCUCCACGAAUUCCACCGAAACAAAUAUAUUUGCCCAGACAAGGAGUAUGGCAAAGGCCGGGCGAAGCGUACGGAAGAAAACGAAGAUGAUGAAGAAGGAGCCGAUACAAAGAAGAAAGACAAGUACAAGGGUGGUCUCGUCUUCGAGCCUGACAAGGGAUUGUAUGAUAAAUUUGUCCUGGUGAUGGACUUCAACAGUUUGUACCCCAGUAUCAUCCAGGAGUACAACAUCUGUUUCACCACUGUCGACCGAGCAAGCACGGCACAGAAUGAGCACGAAGAGAAAGUGCCCGAAGUGCCUGUGGACCAAGCACAGGGCAUCCUACCCAAACUCAUUGCAACUCUUGUUAUGCGUCGUCGCGAAGUCAAAAAGCUGAUGAAGGAUAAACGAGCAACGCCGGAGCAGAUGGCUCUCUGGGACACCAAACAGAUGGCCUUGAAGCUUACGGCCAACUCUAUGUACGGUUGUUUGGGUUACACCCAGUCACGAUUCUACGCAAGACCCCUCGCUAUGCUCACUACUUUCAAGGGCAGAGAAAUCCUGAGGAGCACGAAAGAAUUGGCAGAGAGCAACCAGCUCCAGGUCAUUUACGGUGAUACUGACUCGGUCAUGAUCAACACCAACGCAGACAACAUUGCUCAAGCGCUGAGCGUGGGGAAUGACUUCAAGAAAUCCGUCAACGAGCGAUACAAGCUGCUGGAAAUUGACAUAGACAACGUGUUCCGCCGACUGCUGCUGCACGCAAAGAAGAAGUAUGCAGCCGUCAACAUGGCAGAAGUCGAUGGCAAGUACGUUGAGAAGCUCGAAGUCAAAGGUCUCGAUAUGAAACGGCGAGAGUACUGCAACCUGUCUAAGGAUGCCUCCAAAAAGCUGCUGAACGAGAUCCUAUCCGGAGACGACGCCGAGGUGGUAUUGGAAAGAAUCCACGAAUAUCUUCGUGAUCUAGCAAACAAGAUGAGAGAAAACACCAUCCCACAGACACAAUAUGUCAUCUACACAAAACUCGGCAAGAACCCAACAGACUACCCCAAUGCAGAGUCGAUGCCACAGGUUCAGGUAGCACUUCGAGAAAUUGCUCGUGGCAAGAAUGUUCGAGUCAACGAUGUCAUGUCCUAUAUUGUCACCAUGGGCGAUGAGUCUACCAAGGGUCUUCCAGCGCCCAAGCGUGCAUAUACACCCCAGGAUGUCCUCAAGCCUGGCUCAGGCCUUGUGCCAGAUGUGGAAUAUUACUUGUCCAAGCAACUUUUCCCGCCGAUUGAGCGUUUGUGUGCGCCGAUUCCGGGUACCGACUCGGUCAGGUUGGCGGAAUGCCUGGGGCUUGAUGUUCGCAAAUACCAAAUCAGCACGACAAGCGGCGACAGUCGGCAGAGCAACGAAAUCUUCCCGCUGGAAUCGCAAAUCCCCGACAGCGUCCGUUACCGAGAUGCCGCUCGGCUCAAGCUUCGAUGCCGACAUUGCGAACAGACAACGACCUUCGAGGGCUUGUGCGAUUCGACGACGACGUGCACACCCGAAGGUAUCGUAUGUGGCAAUGCUGAUUGCCAGCAAAUCUUUACCCGAAUGGCCGUGACGACCCAAUUGGAGGCGCAAAUUCGAGUCCAGACCUGCCUUUAUUAUGAGGGCUGGCUUGUCUGCGAUGAUCCAUCUUGUGGCAACAGGACGCGACAGAUCUCGGUGUAUGGUCACCGAUGUCUUGGUCCCAGUGGUCGUGCAGAAGGGUGCCUGGGGCGCAUGUCAUACGAAUACAGUGAAAAGAAACUAUACAAUCAACUCCUGUACUUUGCGAUGUUGUUCGACACGGAGAAGGCGAAGAACAAAGCAAGGUCAGACAAAGAGUAUGCAGACAGACGAGAUCGCAUCGUCGUCCUCGCCGAGACGAACAAGGACAGGUUUGAGGGCAUCAAGGCCGUUGUUGAUGGUUAUCUGAGGAAAUGUGGACGCCAAUGGGUGGAGAUGGACAGUUUGUUCGGGUUUGCUUUGAGAUGA